GGGAAAAGGACAGUAAACAAUAAAACCAACAAAUGGAAGCUGCUUGGGUGGGGCUGUGCUAUAUUAAAUUCGGUCAUGAAGGGAGGGUCUUAUUGCAGAGACCUGAAAAAUGUGAGAAGGGAACAAGUUGAGGAAGAUAGAAGGGACCAGGGGAAAUUAGUCUUUUAGCAAAGGGAACAGGAAGUGCAAAGGCCCUGAGAAAACAGAGGGUGAUAAUGUGGCUAAAACCAGGGAGUUCCUGGGAGAGUGGUAGGAGAUGGGUCUGAGGGGACUAGUGGGGCAGUUUCGAUCAUGUAGAGUUUUGUAGACCACGAAAUAGACUUUGGUUUUUACUCUUUCAUCAGAUGGGAAGCCAUGGAAGGGCACUGAGCAGAGAUGACAUGAUCUGACAGGUUAUAAGAUCCCUCUUUUUGUUCUGGUGAUAAAAGACUACAGGGGGCAAAGAUGGAAGCAGUUAGGAGACCAGUGCAAUAAUCCAGGCAAGAGAUAAUGGGUGGCUUUGUCAAGGGUGUGGCAGAGAGACGGUGAAACAUGUUAAUAAUCUGGGAAGUAUUUUGAAGUCAGGACUGACAGGAAUUGCUGAUACAAUAAGCAAAGUAAUGAUACAAAAAUAUGUACAGAAAAAUAUGAUGAAGACGUUUCUUGGAUUUAUAGAAACGAGACUGGUUUUGUCAAGCCUCUGUCACUGAUAUAACAAAUAGUAGCACACCUGUAAAUUCAGCAUUGGAACUCGGAACUUUUGUGUCAUCUAUCAUUUAUCCCAAAGAACACACAAAAAGACAAUGGCCAAAUAUAUUUAGUAUUAAAAUCUGUAGUUGCAAUUAAGUGAGCUUGAUCUCAUUUUAGCACACUGACGUGAAUAAUUGUUCAGCAGACAUAACAUUUCAAAGUAAAAAUGACACUUAUCCGUGAGGAGACUAUAAAGCUCAUUGGGUAGUUACACAAAAGGGUAAACAUUAUUAUUAGGAACAAAGAUCUGGCCUGAUUUAUCCUGACUGACAGUCUGUACUUCCACCUGAUCUGAUAACUGCUCAGACUUCGGAUCCUUUGCCUACCUGGUUACACUGAAAGUGCCUUGGAGCUUAUUCAACCUGGCAUUCUUUACUACCUGGCAUGGGCACAUAGCAGGUGCACACCAAAUAUUCAUUGACCUGAUGAUUUCUUAACAUCCUUCACUACCCUCCCUUCUGUCCUCUUUCGGCAGCACUCAAGAGCACUUUAUUUUAUUUAUCAAAGUCGGAUUUCAGAUAAUCACUCACAAGUAACGAAAUUUCGGAAUGUGUUGCGCUUUAGGCAGGGCCUGGGGAGGGAGCAAUCCGGAGACCCCAUUUACCUGGGAAGCCAGGGAAGGCUUCCUGGGGGAGGAGAAGUCCUCUGGGCUGCAAAGUGACAGGGUGAAUGCGACUGUGGAGGGGGCAGGAGUUAGAGGACCAGUUGCGAUCAAGGAGAGGGCCUUCCAUGGUACAAAGGCCCUAAGACGAGAAGCCACCUGGGAAGCACUGAAUGAAAUUAGAGGCUGACCUGGAGAGCAGGCUCACCUGGAGAGUCGGCUCACCUGGACCUUUGGGAGAAUAAACACGCAGGGGCUAAAAGGUUGUUUUUGCAAAUUAUGUUAGGUCUGCAAACUCUCGCGAGUUUUUUGGCACCAUUCACCAAGGGCUGAAAGGGGCUGGGACACGGAGCGUUCCCUCAGGCCGCUCUAUACUCUCAGUACGUACUGCAGGCUGGCCUCGAAGGCGGUGCGGGAGAGGGGGCCGCCUUCAGGAGUCACCCCUUUACCUCACCCGAGUCUCCCACUGCCAUUCCAGCUUAUUUCCUCCAAUUCUGAGGUCUCCCAACCAAUGAGUUUGCCUCUUCACCCAGAAGUAAACAAACUAUCUGAAAGCGUCCUACGGCAGGACACCCAGGUUAGCUUUUUGUGUCUAGGGGUUUUUCAUGGCUGCUCCUCAAUACGAACAAAAUAUGGCUGCCUCUGUGGUGGGGCGACCCCAUCGUUUCUCCAGAUGUUUUGUCUAUCUCGAGAACCAUCAGCAACACGACAACCGACUGGGGCAGCGCCACAGCUCUAGAGCUUACAGCGGCCAGUUGUGUUGGCCGCCGGUGCCGGACGCGGCCACCCACUUCCACUCCUCGGGCGCGGCCAGGAAGUUUACGUCCUCCUUCCAGGCGCCCGGUGGAGUCGGGAGGGGAAGGGGGUGCGAUCACUAUCCCUCCAAAGAAGGCUCCUCUUCCGAAGCGGCCUGUCCCACGCGCUGUCCACUUCGGAAGAGGAAAAAGUUGGGCAGGAAAAAGUGGGAAGGGGCCGGAGCGCGGGGCCGGGACGGGUGAGGGCGGGCAGGUAGUCGGGUCGCCUAGGGCGCGCGCGAGCCUGGGUGGAGCCAGCGGCCGGGCGCAGCGUCAGCGUUUAAGAUGCAAAUCGAUUCCCCGCUCCUCCAUUCCCCUCCCGCCCCGCGCGCGGCUCCGCAGCCGCCCACGCCUCCUGCGCGCUGCGGCGCCCGAGCGCUCGGCUCUACUUAAGCGGCGCGGGGGCCGCGACCCAGCACUCGCCUGGAGCGCGCAGGCGAGGCGGGCGGAGCGCACCGAGGCUCUCCGGGGUGCACGGCGGCGCGCUCGCACCGCUCGGCGCUGUGCGGCUGUCGGCGGCGGCCGGGCAAGGCGGCUGCAGCUCCUGUGCGCGGCUCCGCUCCCUGUCACUGCCCCAGCCCGGCCACCUCUUUGCCAUGGCUCUGGCGGACAGCACCCGUGGAUUACCCAACGGGGGUGGCGGGGGCGGCAGCGGUUCCUCGUCGUCCUCUGCAGAGCCGCCGCUCUUCCCCGAAAUCGUGGAGCUGAAUGUGGGCGGCCAGGUGUAUGUGACCCGGCGCUGCACCGUGGUGUCGGUGCCCGACUCGCUGCUCUGGCGCAUGUUCACGCAGCAGCAGCCUCAGGAGCUGGCCCGGGACAGCAAAGGCCGCUUCUUUCUGGACCGAGACGGCUUCCUCUUCCGCUACAUCCUGGAUUACCUACGGGACUUGCAGCUUGUGCUGCCCGACUACUUCCCGGAGCGCAGCCGGCUGCAGCGCGAGGCCGAAUACUUUGAGCUGCCCGAGCUCGUGCGCCGCCUCGGGGCGCCCCAGCAGCCCGGCCCGGGGCCUCCGCCGCACUCGCGGCGCGGGGUGCAAAAGGAGGGCUCGAUGGGCGACGAGCUGCUGUCGCUCGGCUACACGGAGCCGGAGCAGCAGGAGGGCGCCUCGGCCGGCGUGCCGUCGCCCACGCUGGAACUGGCUAGCCGCAGCCCGUCCGGGGGCGCCGCGGGCCCGCUGCUCACGCCGUCUCAGUCGUUGGACGGCAGCCGGCGCUCCGGCUACAUCACCAUCGGCUACCGCGGCUCCUACACUAUUGGGCGGGACGCGCAGGCAGACGCCAAGUUCCGGCGAGUGGCGCGCAUCACCGUGUGCGGCAAGACGUCGCUGGCCAAGGAGGUGUUCGGGGACACUCUGAACGAGAGCCGAGACCCCGACCGGCCCCCGGAGCGCUACACUUCGCGCUAUUACCUCAAGUUCAACUUCCUGGAGCAGGCUUUCGACAAGCUGUCCGAGUCGGGCUUCCACAUGGUGGCGUGCAGUUCCACGGGCACCUGCGCCUUCGCCAGCAGCACCGACCAGAGCGAGGACAAGAUCUGGACCAGCUACACCGAGUACGUCUUCUGCAGGGAGUGAGCUCCCCAGAUCCCUCGAAGCUCCAGCUCACCCAUUUCCCUUCCUUCCCGCCCGGGAGAGGAUUAUAGAUCUUCCCUCUCAGCCCUUGCCUUCCCCGUCCUCUGUUCCCCACAUCCAGUAGCUGGGCCAGACCCCCUCGUCCCCCACUUCAGAACCUGGAGCCACAAAUCCUCUUGGCUUCUUCGUCGUCUUUGGACCCCACUAACCGAGAGAGUCCAGUUGUACCCCCUCCACCCCGUGCUUCCUCUGGCCCCUGCCUCAAACACCCCGCCCCCGGAUUGCCCUUCAGUCUGAUCUAGUGGGGCAGUGUGGCCACAAAGUCACCAAGUACCUGGGAAGGAUGGAAUUGUUCAGAACCCGAUUGGACCCUGUCCAGUGUGGAGAAGAUUCCUUGAAAUCUUCUCAAGCCCUUAUGACUCAUUCGAGAAUAGUGUUUUAAAAAGUGAUAUCAGUCUUUUGGCCCACUUAGAGGUCAAGUUUUAGAAGGCUGGAUGGAAGACCCGGGACCUGGAAUUGGGAUCCCAGGGAAGCAGUUCAGUGACUAUAAAUGAAUAAAGUUUUGAAAAGUUACAGGUAGAAAGUAGGAGAAGACUCUAGUGCUGGCACAAUUAAGGGUCAUAUCUUCUCCACGUAGAAAUAAAGGUCUUUGCCUGUGGCUUAAACUUGUAGAAAGUUACCCUCCAGGCUGAGGAGGCCACCUUUCUGGCUCACUGCCAGAGCCUUUGGUUGGACUGGUUGAUAGGGCAGCCCUUGUUGGCACGAGGAAAGAACGCUGCGGCUGACAAGGGCAAGACAGCCCAGGCCACCAAGCACAGCGGGGAAAUCACCAGGCAGUGGGAAAAUGGAGCUGGGUAUUAAUGCACGUCGGGGCGUUAGGAAAGCCCAAGUAUUUUUGCGAUGAAUGGCAGUAGAACCUUAGCUCUUACGAUUUGGGGGUGGGGGUGGGGGGAGGAAGGAAGGUAGGAGGGUGGGAAGGGAGGAACAGACAUAAUCAUUUAUUAUUUGAAAGUUGGAAGUUUGUACCAUCCUUUUGAGUACAUGCACAUAAGAACAGUAGUACACAAAAACAUGCGAAGCAUUUUUAUAAAGACUAUUAAUAUCUACUCUUAACUGGCAGUUUAUUGAACUAACUGUUUUGAGUCCUAAACUUAGAAGUUGCUGAUACUCAUAUAAUCUAACCAAAGAGUUACCCUGUAGGGUUUUUUGUUUAGUUUUUUUUUUUUUUUUUUUUUUUUAGUUUUUGAACUUUAUUUUCUUGAUUAUAAGUUAAAAAUAUAUUUAGUUGAGCAAAAUAUGUUUGAUUUUGAUUACUUAGACUUAAGAUCUCUUAUUAAAAAUACUUAUUUUCUCCAAGCCCCGUCAAUGUUGACUUCUGGGCAGACCCGAAAACCAGAAAAUGCCACUUCUUUCAUGCAGAUGAUUUGAAGUUAAGGUGGAAUCAUUUUGAUUGACAGGGCUGCAGAGAAAAAGAAGCCACAAGGGCUGCCCAUCUGUAGAUAGCUGUAAAAUGGAAUAUUUAAAAAAUGAAGACAAGUACUUAAAAGUGAGCUGAGCAAUAAAAUGGUGUUUUAGGUAAAUGCAACAGAAACAGAAGGAGACCUGGUUGCCUUAUACCUUUUCUCUAACAUGGAAUAAAUUCCCACUGCAUAUCCUAUCUACACCAUAAGUGAAGGAAAAUGAAUCUUUAUCUUUCAUGCUGUGAGGCUUUUUUGAAUAUUCUAUGAUGAUGGAGAAGCCUUUCUCUUUUUUUCAUUUGUUUCAGCAUCUUUCUCUGGAGUGUGUUUCUCUGGAGUGUUUUGUAAGUCUGUUUUCAGUGUUUAAAUCAGCACCAUUUCCCCUUCUUUUUAAAAAUGAACCUGGUACUGUAUCUUACUAUGUCCAUAACAGAUGUUAAGAAUCAGAACAGUUUUAUUCUUAGACUCAUAUGAUCCAAUCUGUAUAUAUCAUAUAUAAACAUUUUACACGAAUCAUUUAGUUUUUUAAUUCAUUUACUAAUGCUAUAAAAUUUCCUAUAUUUGCCCUCACUAACUUGCAUUAGAUGGUGUAUAUACUAAAGGAAUGUGUUUAAUAUAUCCUUGUCUGGGAAAAUUGGGUUAGGAAAAAAUACUAAUUAUAAAACUUAAUUUGCUCCAUACUUUUGCUUGGAUACUAGUUGUAUACUAAUAUGCUGAUUAACUGUCUACUUAAAUCAAGGUACCUGUAUUUUUAAUCCACUCUUUUUUUUCUUUUUUUUUUUUUUUGUUAGUUGAGAAAGAGAAAGAUUUGAGGUCUUUUAUUAUUGUAGUUGCAGUUUUAGAAAAGUAAAGUUAGCUUUGUAUAAAGAUUGUAAUUGUAAGGGAAGUGGAAGCAGCAGAAAUCCAGGAAGUCCUGUUUGCUUUUGUGUUGAGUGUGUUCUCAGACUAGAUAAUGCAUCAGAACUUACCUCUGUUUCAAGCCUGAAAUGAUUUAGGAAUGUCGCUCACUGGCCAAGAGUGAGUAUCACAGAGAUUUCUCCGCCCAUAUGGUAUUUUGUUAGAUUGCUCAACAAGAAUCACAUAAUUGAGAACAUCUUAGAGGGAGGCACAGAUCAAAACCACCGACAUAUGGGAAGCCUCUGAGUUUCUGAUUUUCCUUGCUAAAUCUGCACCACUCCAGGAGUCAUGAGAAACUGCUAAAGUUUUGUCUCUGUCACUUAAAUUAUAAAUUUUAUCUUGUAAAACUUUGCCUUGAAGUAUUCCACUGCUUUGUGCAUACACAUUUUACUCCCCUUACUCUUUUCAUUAUCGGAAAGACUGGAAAUUUAAUGGAUGGAGACAGUAAACCAACCUCUUUUUCUAGCCAUGACUGUCCCCUCUGAUGUUUGAAGUGGACACCUGGAAAUGUUAUAUUUUUAGCCCAAAGUGAAGGCUGGUUAGGAAACUCUUCCACAUUGGGGAGACAGUAGAACUGAGGUAAGAUAACUUGGCCUGGGCAUUUUUGGGUCCCUUCCCCUCUGUGUGCUUAGCCACAGGACCCUUGGUGGUCUACAAAGUAGGCUGGAGUGUUUGUUGAUUGUCACCUAUGAGCUUGGAUGGGAUAUUGAGGGUCCAUUUGAAUAAAUCCUGUAAAGACACCAUUCAGGUUACAUGGGAGAAUAUCAUACAUCAUUCAGAUAAUUAUGACUGCAUUAACCUCAGUUUAGCAUGUAUUUACAUAUGUAGUGGCUACGAUUACCAUUUGAUUUACAAAUACAACUGAGUGACAUUAGGUUUUAAUAACAAAUUUAAUUUGAAAGAAUUGUUAACAGUGGUUAAAAAAACAGGUACUGUGUUCAACGCUUUUGCACCAAGUGUUUGACAAGUUGUCUGUUUUUUAAUACAUGGAGAAUAUGAACCAUAUUCAUCCUAAUUUUUCAAAUUAUAUGUUGUGGAAAAUAUUCUUUGAAGGUGUGAGACUUUAAAGUUUUUCUCCCCUUUAGUACCGUUUUUAUUUUUGUGUUUCUUAUUUGGCUUUUUGUAUUGAUAGCAAACUGAUAAUUUAUAAUACUAACCAAAAUUAUUGUCUUCUCUUUCAAACCAGAUACAUAUAUAUAUAUGACCUGUUGAUUCUCUGAGGAAAUGCAUAACCUGUGAAUUCUCAGACAACAAAAUGGGCAACUGGCAAUGCUCAUAACAUAUUCCAAUAUUUUAUUGGAAUUUUCUAUGGAAUGUUAUUAUUACAUUAAAGCCAUGUAAGGUGAAGCUUUGAUAAUUUCUUACUUUUGAAAUUAUAGUAAAUUCUAUCUAAUAUUCAAACAUUUUUGUAUUCCACAUGAAAAAUGCUAAAUUAUACUGCAGGCAUUUAGAAAGUAUUGACUGGAGGUGUUGAAUUCCUUAAGAAUUUCUUUUUCAGUCUAAAUCAUAAGUGCUUUUCUCAGUUGACUUAAAUUUUUAAAAUAGUAAACUGAAUAUUUUUAUUGUAAAUCUACCAGAAUAAAUCCUUUGGACUUUUUUUCUUUUUCUUUUUCCCUUACCAUAGCUAAUUUUAAAAUGGAAUUAGUGUUCUUAGAUGACCUAAUCUUCUCUUGAGAAAUAAAUAAAAUACCCUUGUGUUUCUAGUGGCUAUAGUACCUGAAAAAAGGAUUCCUAGAGCCAGAAACAAGUUAUGUGAAGUUAAAUUUUCUUUGUCACAAGUUUGGAUUAAAAAAAAAAAUCUUAAAGUGUUAAUAUUUGAAGAUUUAGAUUUUCUACUGGGGCCCUUGAAACUUGGAAGAAAUUCAACCAGAAUAUCUACAUUAGAGUAUAAUCUUGUGUGGUAGGAAGAUGGACUAGUUGAUCAAGAAUUUUUGUCACCUUAUAUACCUUGUGUGAUUUUUUUCCCCAAGUUGUUUUUAUGAAAUGUGUUUUGAAGUAUGUGAACAUUAAUUGUAAUGUAAACUAUUACACAACUGUCUUUGUGACUUUCUAGGCAGGCAUAUUUUGCUAUUAAUGUUGAAUACAAAUGAUGACCAUUUAUGACCACACAAAUAGCAUUAGUGAGAUUUCAUGAUAAAAGUUUAAAAUAUUCAUCAUGGAUAUUAAUUUUGAAGAUGUAAAUUAUGUUAUUCAAAAUUUUCCAGGCAUCUGAAAAACUCUUACCUGCUAAACAAGGUAAGAUUCCCACAGAGCUAUUUGGAAUUAUAAAAUUAUUGAAGAUGUCUUACAUAUCAUUGAGUCAUUUUCUCAAAAUAGAAGGUGAAAGGAAAAAAAUUAAUGAUACAAUUAUCAGGUUUUUCUCACGAAACAGAAAGCCAAGGGAAAAAAAAUUCUCUAUAUUUAAAAAAAGGCACUGAUGAAGUCUUUUCAGACAUGCCCAAACUUUAAAUGAAUUUCAUCAACCAUCUAAAUACUCUAGAGAUUUUUGUUCUCCUGUUCACAACCAGUUGUAUAACAGAAAUACUCAAUACUGUUUUCCUCCCAGUGUGUGAAGUAAUGAAUCAUUGAUUAUGUGACUUGUUAUGUAUUCUAUUAAACACUAAAGAAUAAAAUAUUCACUCCUUUACUUA